AUGAACCUCCUGUUCUCCUUCCUCCUCUCAUAUCCUCUCGCCGGCGUCCUAAAACGGGUGCCCGAUGCACGACCCGAGCAGAAGAACCUCUUUAUCCUCAGCGUUUCCAUAUUCUAUCUUGUCGGCCUCUUCGACCUUUGGGAUGGGUUGCGGACGAUAUUAAUCUCGUCGCUGGGGUCCUACGCCAUCGCCAAGUUUCUGCGUGGUUCGCCAUAUAUGCCAUGGGUCGGCUUCGUUUUCUUGAUGUGCCACAUGAGCGUCAACCACAUUGCGCGCCAGGCCGCCAAUGACCCGCACUCGGUCGACAUCACGGGUGCCCAGAUGGUGCUGGUCAUGAAGCUCAGCGCAUUCUGCUGGAACGUGGCCGACGGGGUGCUGCCCGAGGUUGAGCUGUCCGACUUUCAGAAAGACCGGCGGCUGCCUGAGCUCCCAGCCCUACUGGACUUUGCCGGAUACGUCUUCUUCUUCCCCAGCCUGAUGGCCGGUCCCGCCUUCGACUUUGCCGAGUACCGCCGCUGGCUGGACACGACCAUGUUUGAUGUGCCCGUAACCGUAGAUCCGUCCAGGAAACCGCCCACACGACGCAAGCGCAGGAUUCCGCGGAGUGGCACUCCCGCCAUGGUCAAGCUGCUGACUGGGGCCUUAUGGCUCGUCGUCUUCCUCAAGCUAUCCCCGACAUUUUACCCAGAGGUGCUGUCCGAGCAGCGUUUCCUCGAGCACGGUUUUGUGCGGCGCCUGCUGAUCAUGUACAUGAUACCCCUGACGGCUCGCACCAAGUACUACGGCGUGUGGACCAUGACCGAGGGCGCCUGCAUUCUGACCGGGCUUGGAUACAACGGCAUCGACCCCGCGACCGGCAAGGUGUCGUGGGACAGGCUCCGGAACGUCAGCCCCUGGGAGGUGGAGCUGGCGCAGAACACGCGCGCCUACCUCGGCGGCUGGAACAUCAACACGAACAGCUGGCUGCGGAACUACGUCUACCUGCGCGUCACGCCGCGCGGCAAGAAACCCGGCUUCCGCGCGACGCUCGCCACCUUCACCACGAGCGCCUUUUGGCACGGCUUCUACCCCGGCUACUACAUGUCGUUUGUCCUGGCCAGCCUGAUCCAGACGGUAGCCAAGAACAUCCGCCGCUACUGCCGCCCCUUCUUCCUUGACCCCAAGACGCAAGCGCCCCUGCCGAGCAAGAAGUACUACGACGUCCUCUCGUGGGUCACCACGCAGUUAACCUUCUCCUUCACCACGACGUCGUUCCUCGUCCUCAGCUUCUCGGGCUCCCUCCAGGCCUGGGCGCGCGUCUACUUUUACGCCGUCGUCGGCACCUUUGCCAGCAUGGCCUUCUUCGCAUCGCCCGCGAAGCCGCACCUCCGCCGCAUGCUCGAGCAGCGCGCGGCCCGCGCCAGCGUCGUCCUGCUGCAGCAGCCGGCCAAGUCCGCCGCCGCCGCCCCAGCAGUCGCCAAGGGCCAGAAGACGCUAGCACCCCCUACUACUACCGCGGACGCGGACGGCAUGCACAGGACCGUCAGCUCCGACAGCCUGUCGUCGGCCGUCUCGCGCGAGCCCAUCCUCGGCAUGUCGUCGGACCUGCAGCUCGAUUUCGACGAGGCCCUGAGCGAGAUCAAGGCUGAGGUCCACGCGCGCAAGGUCAAGACGGAUGCCUUGAAAAAGGCUGCCUAG